AUUCAUAAAAUAGCCAUUUUCCCAGGCAGCGGCUUUGCAGCACCGCGGCGGAGCGGGGGCAGCGGAGCCGCUGUCAGAGCCGCGCUCGCAGCCCUGGUCCCGGAGGGCUCCGCUCGCGUUGCAGAGAUGCUCCUGGCUGGGAUCCCUCGGGACACCUAAGAGCAUAUUUCUCACCAGUGCUCAGGCUGCUUUAUCAAUGGAGCCCCGGAUUCCCCACAACAUCACCGUCGUCCCCAACUCUGUGAUGGUCCAGCCCCUGCUGGACAGCCGGAUCCCCUACGGGAGGCUGCAGCACCCGCUCACCAUCCUGCCCAUUGACCAGAUGAAGACGACCCACAUAGAGAACGACUACACUGACAACCCCACUGCUCCCCUGCCGGCAGCCCCCAAGAGACCCCGGGGUCCCCAUGAAGCAGCCCCGAGCCACGCGCAGCGCUGCGAGCAGGACGUCACCCACCCCUGGAUCUCCUUCAACGGGCGGCCCAGCUCCAUCAGCAGCAGCAGCAGCACCUCGUCUGACCAAAGGCUCUUGGACCACAUGGCCCCGGCACCCGUGGCUGAGCAGUCCUCACCCAGGGCGGUGCGCAUCCAGCCCAAAGCAAUCCACUGCAAACCCCUGGACCUGAAGGAGCCCGUGUCUCAGGAACUGGAUAAGCACUUUCUGCUGUGCGAAGCCUGUGGGAAAUGCAAGUGCAAGGAGUGUGCACUGCCCCGGACUCUGCCGUCGUGCUGGGUGUGCAACCAGGCGUGCCUGUGCUCGGCGCAGAGCCUGGUCAACUACUCCACCUGCAUGUGUCUGGUCAAGGGUGUCUUCUACCACUGCACCAACGAGGACGACGAAGGCACGUGUGCCGACCACCCCUGCUCCUGCUCCCAGUCCAACUGCUGCGCCCGCUGGGCCUUCAUGAGCGCCGUGUCCCUGGUGCUGCCCUGCCUGCUCUGCUACCUGCCCGCCACCGGCUGCGUCAAGCUGUCCCAGCGCUGCUACGACCGCCUGCGCCGGCCCGGCUGCAGGUGCAAGAACACAAACAGUGUCAUGUGCAAGGCACUGCCCGAGAGCAAAGCCGGCAGGGCUGAGAAGCCCUUUUGAUAACUGGGGAAGGAGGGAGGGGGGAGGAUGCUCCCCAAGGGGGUGGAGUUGUGUUUUUUCAUAACCUGUGUUCUGAGGAUAACACGAGCUUUUCACCUUCAGAGAAAGCA